CAGUGCACCUUUCAACCUCGUUUAAUUCCGGUUAUGUUUUCUUUUUUUUUUUCAGACUGCGGUAAAAACUACGUGUUUCAACAGAACUGCAGCUGUGGUGUGGAGAAUGCUGUUCGGUCAAGGAUUCUGGGUGGAGAAGAAACUAAGCCGGCGCAUCGGUUUCCCUGGAUGGUGGCACUGGUGGACGAAGAAGAGAAACUGGUAGGCGGAGGCUCUGUGAUCGGCUCCCAGCACGUUCUCACGGCCGCCCACUGCUGCACCGAGCAGAAAGAGCAGAAGCUGCGUGCCGUGCUCGGCGGCCACCGGAUCUCGUCGACGCCCUUGCCGGUGACCGUCAAGGAGUGCAGGGUACAUCCGGACUACCGCGGAGUGGCGUACGUGCACGACAUCGCGGUGCUCGUGCUCUCCGAACCCAUCGUGUUCCACGACUUCGUGUCGCCCCUCUGCAUCGAGACCAACGACACUUCCUUGGAGGGCAAGCCGCUCUUCACCGUCAUCGGCUGGGGUCGCGUCACCGAAGUGAGCCAGACCAGCGACGUGCUCAAGCUGGCCCAGCUGCCCUUCAUGAGCCUGGCGGCGUGCAGAGAGAAGCUGGGCGAGGAAAUCCUCGACAACAACCUCUGCGCAGGAGGGAACAAGGAGGACACCUGCCAGGGCGACAGCGGGGGACCUCUGAUGCUGAAGCGAGGGGACGGCCGUUGGCUCCAGGUCGGAGUCGUGUCAUGGGGCAUCGGUUGUGGCCGCCUCGGGUUCCCUGGCAUCUACACGCGUGUCUCAAGGUACACGGAGUUCAUCUGGAACGUGACCGGGGGCACCCUCUGCCGAGAGUCGGACGACACGCGAAAUUUGCAGCUCGAAAACGCCGUCAGGCCGCUCAAAAGGCCCAACCUUCCGUCCUGCGGAGUGGCUAACCGCUACGGCCAAGGUCGCAUCGUCGGCGGCUCGCAGGUGUUCGCCAACAAGUUCCCAUGGCUGGCUGCCAUCAUGUAUCGCGGAAAUCUGUCCGGUGCUGGAGCGUACAUUGGCAAUGGCUACGUCCUCACUGCAGCUGGCGUUGUUGGAAGCGAGGCGGUGGGCCACCCUGAGCGCCUGCGGGUCCUCUUGGGCGCGCACGACCUGAGCCGUCCGCAGAAGCAGAGCGCGGCCCACGCCGUGAGCCGGGUCCUGGUGCACCCGGGCUACAGCCACCCGUACUUCGAUGCCGCCCUGCUGCGCCUGGCCCAGGAGGAGGGCAAGGACGCCGCCAGGCCACUCUGCCUGCCAAGUUCCGGAGACCACUACCCGCCCGGAAGCAAGACGCUCGUGGCGGGAUGGGGACGCGUGCACACCUACGGACCGCUGAGCUCGACGCCGAACGAGGUGUACCUGAACGUGGUGCCCAGGAGCGCGUGCAGUCAUCACUUCAAGAACCGAUCGGUCGAAGGACUCAUCUGCGCCACCAACAAGGGAAGAGACAUCUGUGACGGAGACGCUGGCGGACCCCUCAUGCAGUUCUUCGCCGGCCGCUACUACGCGGCUGGGCUGGCGAGCUCCGGCAAGGCCGGGGGCUGCGCGCAGGACGGCGUGCCCGCUGUCUUCACCAAAGUAGGGGUCCUACUCAAGUGGAUUCACGCAGUGACGGGACUCCAGACGGCCUAGCCAUUCCACUGAAUUGCCAUCCGGUCGUGCGCACGACGAACGCAUGUCAUCUUUCCUCGGGUGUGCGAGCGUCAAAACUCUGACAUUGAGCACGAACAUGUAUACAAAACGCAACACUGCUAUAGUCGGUGACAGGUUAAAAGUCAAGUGUAAGCUCUUCCCAUCUCUUUACACUUUAGCAGAGGGAAUGCUGAAGAGGGGGUCGCUUCCUCUUCAGUGGAAGCUCCUCGCACUUGAACAUGACAUAAAGCCCAAGGCUGCAGAUGCAAACGACACAAACACUUUGGGUUUGUACUAAUUGGUUUAUACUCAUUAAAAGAUUAAAAAAGUUCUCACACUACGAGGACAAAGACGACACAAAGACAACAGAACAGGCGCUAACUGUCAACAGAUUUCAUCAGAAGUCGUGAUCACAUGUACACACCCUCCUCUGCCCGACCCGCGUCACAACCAAUCACCACUAAUACAAACAGCCAUCCAGAAACUUCACUUCUUCUUUAA